AUGUCCCCGGCCUCCCUAAGGGCGCGUGCACACCAGAAGCGCUCCCAAACCUACCUCGGCGUUGCCGGCGUCCCUAAAGGCACGCGCACACAUGUCCCCGGCCUCCCUAAGGGCGCGUGCACACAUGUCCCCGGCCUCCCUAAGGGCGCGUGCACACCAGAAGCGCUCCCAAACCUACCUCGGCGGCGCGUGCACACCAGAAGCGCUCCCAAACCUACCUCGGCGUUGCCGGCGUCCCUAAAGGCACGCGCACACAUGUCCCCGGCCUCCCUAAGGGCGCGUGCACACAUGUCCCCGGCCUCCCUAAGGGCGCGUGCACACCAGAAGCGCCGCCAAACCUACCUCGGCAUCGCCAGCGUCCCUAAACGCGCGCCUGCACGCCGCGCAAACGAGCACCAGCGC